AAGUCUAAAAGAGUUCAAAAGGGAAAACGUUUUCUGCUCCUCCCUCCUUUGUUCUGGUCAGUCAGUCAGAGUGCUCUUUGCUCCACAAACAAAGCUGAUAACAGACACCUGCCUCUGGUUGACUAGUUGUUGAUGAACAAGUUAGCUACCCCCCCUGCUGUCUCUUGCAGGCAGCACCUAAGCAGCAGGUGUAGACAGCAGCUGACAAGGCAACGUCCUUUAUUUUAUUUAUUUAUUUAUUUAUUAAACUUAUAUACCGCCCCAUAGCCGAAGCUCUCUGGGUGGUGGCACAAGACUUUUCCUAUAGAAAGGAGACAAUUCCCUGUAGUUUCAGACUGAUCCAACCUACUACUGCCAUGCUGCUGCUGAGAAUCAGAUGCUUGCCUCAGACAAGGGGCUAUUCUGCCUUUCUUUUCCUCAUAUGCUAAAUGACAAAGGCAGAACCCAUGUCUGAAACUGGGACCAGCUCUUAGUACAGAGCAUUUUGUCCUUCCACCGAAAAAGCCUACAUUGAUCCAACCCACCCUUCUCCAGAAUUUGCCCUUCAUUUGUGGACUGGAGCAAUUCAGUUAAGUCAGAGAACUGAGGAAGGACUUAUGCCCUUGAUGACUGGAAUCAGAAAAGCUCAUGGAUACUUGCCGCAAGGACAUGCCUCAUCAUCCAAGUGUAGACAUAAGUAGUGGCAACGCCUGAGGAGACACAACUACCAGUAGAGACAGAAAGCGCACGUGAAAAAAUGCCAGACGAAAGGAGCAAUGGUCCGUUCAAACGAAUAUCCUGCACAAACCCAUUUUACACUAUCAAAUUCUUCGUUGUAUGCCAGGGGUUUCUGCAGCUCUCUCAGCUGAUGACAUCUGGCUACAUGAAGAGCUCCAUUUCUACCAUCGAGAAGCGCUUUGGAUUAUCUAGCCAGACGUCCGGCUUGGUAGCCUCCUUCAAUGAGGUGGGAAACACGGUGCUGAUCAUCUUUGUGAGUUACAUGGGAAGCAGAGUGCACCGGCCCCGCUUCAUCGGCUGUGGUGCCAUCCUCGUCUCCAUGGCUGGGCUCGUCAUCUCUCUUCCUCAUUUUAUAAUGGGACCCUACGAAUAUGAUCGCUCCAUUUCUGGUUUGGCAAGCAACAUUACAGAUAUAUGUAUCCCAGGCCGGAAGGAGAGAGAAGUCUGCAGUGAAUCCAAAAAGAGAGAAGGCCAGUUUGUUCUGCCACUGCUCUUACUCGGGCAGACCCUGCUAGGGAUCGGUGGGGUGCCCAUCCAGCCCUUUGGGAUCUCAUACAUUGAUGAUUUUGCCAGCAAGAGCAACUCCCCUCUCUAUAUAGGAAUCCUCUUUGCUACAUCUGCGCUUGGUCCUGCAUUAGCAUUCAUGGUGGGGUCGGCCAUGUUAAGCUUUUAUGUUGACAUUGAUAAAGUUUCUGCAGCGGAAAUUCACAUCACCAACAAAGAUCCACGAUGGGUUGGAGCCUGGUGGCUUGGUUUCAUAUGUGCAGGCAGUGUGGUAGCCAUUGCUUCAAUCCCUUAUUUCUUCUUCCCAAGAGAACUACCUAAAGAGGAGGAGCCUCAACGGAAAAGCAUUGUAGAGGUUAAUAAGAAAGACUUAAUGUAUGAACUUAAAAAUGACCCUGAAGACCUGGGAGACCACACUCUGUCACAGUUCAUCAAAAUGUUUCCUGUGGUUUUGCUGAGACUGAUGAAGAACCCAGUCUUUAUGACGGUUGUCAUGGCUAUGGUCAAUAUGUCUGCAAUGAUUGCUGGCUUAGCAACCUUUUUGGGCAAACUGCUGGAGCGGCAGUUCACCCUGACAGCAUCUGUUGCCAACAUGAUCAUAGGAGCUGUCAACAUCCCCAGUGGCAUGUUAGGAAUAAUACUUGGAGGUGCCAUCAUAAAAAAAUGCCGUCUCACCCUCAAACAGACCACCAUCAUGUGCAUGAUCGGCAUGGGUUUUUGUGCCCUCUGUGACGUUCCCCUCCUGUUCUUGGGCUGCCAGACACAGACAGUUGCGGGACUUGACUACUCCGGAAGUUCUGGAGUUGCGCAACUUGUUGCCGAAUGUAAUCAAAUCUGCAACUGCUCCCCAUCAGCCUUUAACCCUGUAUGUGGUCUGGAUAAUAUUGAAUACAUCUCCCCUUGUUAUGCUGGCUGCACAGGUCUAAACAUAAAUCCUGCAACACAGAGGGUUCUGAAUUACACUGGUUGUAACUGCGUUAUUCUCAGAGGGGCCCACGGAGUUGCUUAUCCUGGGACCUGUGGCACUCGCUGUCCCCACUUGCUGAUGCCUUUUGUGACGAUUGCCUGCAUAUCCGUGUUCCUAGGGAGUCUGUCGCACACUCCAGGCUUUGUGCUUAUCCUGAGAAACGUUAACCCUGAAGAUAAAUCAUUUGCCAUAGGAAUACAGUUCCUCUGUCAGAGAGUGCUUGCCUGGUUACCAUCACCGGUGCUAUAUGGCAGCGCCAUUGACACAGCCUGUCUCCUGUGGCAAUUUAUGUGUCAGCAGAGAGCAUCCUGUAGAUACUAUAACAACGCAUCAUUCCGGCAAAGAAAGAAAAACAAGUCUGCCAAGAGCAAUCAAAUCGCAUCGAUCAAGCCAUCUCUCCAUCACCUGCCAAUGAGUCGUAUGCUUGACUCAUGUACCAAGAUGCCCAAUUUCUAUUCUGCCAAAAGAAGGGGUUACACUCCAUACGUUACGCAUGAGUUCCAGUUGUGAUGAGAACAGAAUGAGAUUGAAGACAAACAAGACUUCCUCAUGCUAUGUUUGAUUUUGGCAAUUUCCUCUGUUCCUUCUUUUGUACAUAAAACUUGAUGUUAGCUGCCCUGGUGUCAUUUGGCAAAGGGCGAGAUAUAAAUUUUAUAAAUAAAUGUGUAAUCCACCUGUCAAUAAUUAUAGCUUACCACUACAUACCAACUUGAAUGGAAAGACUUACAUUUCCGUCCUGAAAAGAUGCCGAUGCUUCCAUUUUGGUGGUUCAUGUUUAAGAACAGGGAGGAAGGUGACAGCACCAGUGGAGGCUACCUUGGCCUGCUACCAAUAGAAGGAAAGACCAUAAAUUGAGCCCUCCGUAUCCUUAAGGAGCAACCAGCCAUGAGCUGCAGUUCAGUUGUUGUAUCUCAUUAACAGGAAUGGCUCUGGAAAGGGGACCAUUAAAGUUCCCAUUCUACGGACAGAGAACUGAUAGCAACGUACUUCUAGAGAGUCUAAGAUGGCCUGGCUGUAGUAAAGGCUGACACUGUUGCCAUUGGAUUGCACUGGAUCUCAAAGAAGAGGACCAAAUAGGAGGUGGAAUUCCAGACUAAUUGCUUUUGUAUAAAAGAGUGCUUAUAUUGACAAUGAUAUAUC